CACACUUCUACUGGGAGCCGGGAAGAUGUCAGCAGUGGCUCUCCACCUCUCCUUCACCCUCCUCCAUCCACAUUCCACAAAACCCAAUUAUCCGAUUUUCAGGUCUCGUUCUCCUUCAACCAAAAUCACUCUGGGCCUUGUGGUUUCCUCUCAUUCUUCAAUUUCAGGAAAUGGACAAGGCGCUUUUGAUCCCGAGCUUAGGCCAGUGCUUGAACUGGCAACUGACUCUGAGUUGUUUGAACUUGAGAGGAUCCUUUUGGCCCCAGUUGAAGUUAAAUUUCUCUGCUUUCCAUACAUUCUCAGCAAUCAAAUGGUGGUGCAACUGUCUUGA